UCGGGAGAAAUUUUUGUGUCAAUAGUCAUUACAUUAUACGUAACGAAACUUGGAAUUUCGUGAGUCACGUAAUCUCUCGAAAUGGUCGUGUUUUCCUUUCGAGGAUUUUCGCCAAUCAAGCGAUUAUUGUCCUUUUCUGGACAAUGUUGCGCAUGUCGCCGAGCAAUGGUGAACAAACUCUGGUACCGAGUUUCUCGAAAAUGGUCCCGCCUAAAAACGGAACCACCCCACGCCCGCCUCUUCUCCGAGUCAAGGUUUCAGGAGACAGUUGAGUCCUGGUACCUAAUCUACCGAUGGAUCGUCUUCCUCUCCUGGGCCUCAAUCAUCAUCUGUUCCGUUUUCAAAAUUGGUAGCCACGAGCCGCGCGCAAACAACCAACUCUGGGCCAUUUACCUCACAAAUUGGGAUCUGAUUUUAGGACUGACUCAAUCACUCCUGGGUGCCAUCAUAGUAUCGCGUCGAUGGAACCUCCAAAAAUUAGCAAAUUUCAACCCAGACAAUUUAAAUCUGAGUCUUUUGGAAAGAACCUACUGGUUCCUCUAUGUCGUCACGUCCUCGAUGGCGAUUUGUGUGACAAUUAUUUACUGGGGCGCCGUUUUCGAUCCGAAAACUCACGUUGUCGACUUCCUCAACAUUCUGCUACAUGUCUGCAACAGCCUUUUGAUGAUCGUUGAUCUGUGCAUUGUUAAAGUGCCCUUUAUUGUAAUUAGUUUCUGGUGGUGUUUGCUCGUUGCACUGGCCUAUGUCCUAUUUUCGGCGAUUUAUUUUGUCGCCGGGGGCGUCGACAAACUUGGAAAUCGUUUUAUUUAUCCGAUUCUCAACUGGGAAAAGCCGGGCAUGACUCUGGGUGUUUGCUUUGGUGUCACGAUUUUUUUGAUCAUUGUACACUGUCUGUUUUGUUUGGCGGCAAGUCUCGCGACCCGGAAAUGUAGGCGGGAGAAAGAUGAUUCCAAAUUGGAUAAUGUUCAGUCGAUUUCGGUGAAACAGGUAGAAUUGAUUAUCUGAGACAGUAUUUGCAGUAUUAUUUAGUUUAGCUUGAAUUACUAUUAUAGAAAACGCGUUCAGAUUAUCCUGCUCAAGUUUUGUAGACCGGACGCUUGAAGAGUGCCCAAAUUAUAUUUUUAAUCGUAUUUAUUUUAGAGAAGAUCAUCUGACUGGAUGGCAAUUCAAUAUCAUUUUUAUUUAUUCUAAUUGCCAAUUUAGUUUAUUUUUAUUUUUCCGAAU